AUGGAGCGGACAGACUACACGUCCAAGAUGAAAAGUCUACUGGAGGACAGUAAAACGUACCGACAGGUAACAAAAGACCUAACGAACGGGUUCCAGAAUCAGAACAACACCAUCGUGAAACGACUUCAGGAUCUCAAGCUGAUUGAUCCGUAUCACGCAUCGAGAUUGAAGACCUACAAAGCAGUGUGUCCUAAAAUCUAUGGUCUGCCCAAGGCACACAAACCUGGCCUUCCAUUGAGACCUGUUGUACCCUGCAUGACCGCACCGACCUAUGAGCUCUCCAAAUUCGUAGCGAACGUGCUUCAAAAAGCUAUAGUGAGUAAGUACAACAUAAAGGAUUCCUUCUCCUUUUGCGAUUACGCUAACUCGAUUGAGCUCCCGGAAGGAUACAUCCUGGUCUCGUUUGACGUAGUAGCACUUUUCCCGUCCAUCCCCAAAAGUCUCAUGAAGCAGAGCAUCUUCAAACACUGGGACGAGAUCAAGAAACAUACAGCUAUUUGUCUUGAUCUGUUCUGGGAAGUCACAGAGUUCUGUAUAGAUGCCAGUUACUUCGUGUUCGAAGGGACGUAUUAUCAGCAAAUCUUCGGUACAGCAAUGGGAAGCCCACUGUCGCCGAUAAUUGCCGAGUACGUGAUGGAGGAUCUUCUGGACGAUGCAGUAGCCGCCACCACCGUGGUCAUUCCGUAUUUGAAAAAGUACGUUGAUGACCUUUUCCUGGCGCUCCCAGUCGAGAAAGUCGAAGAAGUACUCAACGUCUUCAACCAACAAAACACGAACAUUCAGUUUACCGUCGAAAAGGAAGAAAACUGCCGACUGCCCUUCCUCGACCUGCUGCUGGUACGCCAAGAGGACCGCACAAUCAAAACAGAAUGGUACUCGUAA